CCCCUGGCCACGCUGCCCCACAAGGCGUGUGCUGUGAACAUGGGGUUUCCCGGGUGCCUCCUGCUCCCAGCUGGGCACCCCCUUGACAGGAGCUCAGCUGCCUGCGCUGGAGCCGGGACCACAAGGAUCCUCAUCAUCCUGGCCUGGUUUUGGGCUUCUAUGACAGGACUCCCCAUGGCAGACUCAGGCAUCCCAGAACUAACUCAGCUCCGACUGGUGAACGGCCCGAGUCGCUGCGCUGGGAGAGUCGAGGUGCUUCACAACCAGCAGUGGGGAACCGUGUGUGAUGACAACUGGGAUUUAACUGAGGCCAGAGUCGUGUGCAGGCAGCUGGGCUGUGGGACGGCGUUAUCAGCCCCACGUGGCUCUCGGUUUGGACAGGGAACUGACCGUAUCUGGCUGGAUGAGGUAAACUGCACAGGGACAGAAGCCGCCCUCUCCGAAUGCAGGGCUAGGCCUUGGGGAGUGCAUGACUGUAACCACGUAGAAGAUGCUGGUGUUAAGUGCUCAGACUCGAUUAUUCCAGACCCAGGUCCUCUCCAACUGGUGAACGGCCCCAAUCGCUGCGCUGGGAGAGUCGAGGUGCUUCAUAACCAUCAGUGGGGAACUGUGUGUGAUGAUGGCUGGGACUUAACUGAUGCUGGAGUCGUGUGCAGGCAGCUGGGCUGUGGGACGGCGUUAUCAGCCCCAGGCGGGGCUCACUUUGGGAGAAGUUCUGACACUAUCUGGCUGGAUGAGGUUAACUGCACGGGGACAGAAGCUGCCCUCACCGAAUGCAGGGCUCGGCCUUGGGGAGACAAUAACUGUCACCACAGAGAAGAUGCCGGUGUUGUGUGCUCAGACUCAGGCAUUUCAGAAGUGGCUCAACUCCGACUUGUGAACGGCCCAAGUCGCUGCGCUGGGAGAGUCGAGGUGCUUCACAACCAGCAGUGGGGAACCAUGUGUGAUGACAACUGGGAUUUAACUGAGGCCAGCGUCGUGUGCAGGCAGCUGGGCUGUGGGACGGCGUUAUCAGCCCCACGCGGGUCUCGGUUUGGACAGGGAACUGACCGUAUCUGGCUGGAUGAGGUAAACUGCACAGGGACAGAAGCUGCCCUCUCCGAUUGCAGGGCUCGGCCUUGGGGAGAGCAUAACUGUAACCAUGUAGAAGAUGCUGGUGUUGUGUGCUCAGACUUCGUCAUUCCAGACCCAGGUCCUCUCCAGCUGGUGAACGGCCCCAAUCGCUGCGCUGGGAGAGUCGAGGUGCUUCACAACCAUCAGUGGGGAACCGUGUGUGAUGAUGGCUGGAACUUAACUGAUGCUGGAGUCGUGUGCAGGCAGCUGGGCUGUGGGACGGCGUUAUCAGCCCUAGGGGGGGCUCACUUUGGGAGAGGAUCUGACACCAUCUGGCUGGACGACAUUAACUGUACAGGGACAGAAGCUACCCUCACAGAAUGCAGGGCUCAGCCUUGGGGAAACAAUAACUGUCACCACGGAGAAGAUGCCGGUGUUGUUUGCUCAGACUCAGCCCUUCCACACCUGGCUGAGGUGCGACUGGUGAACAGCCCAAGUCGCUGCGCUGGGAGAGUCGAGGUGCUUCAUAACCAGCAGUGGGGAACCGUGUGUGAUGACAGCUGGAACAUAACCGAUGCCGGAGUCGUGUGCAGGCAGCUGGGCUGUGGCACAGCGUUAUCAGCCCCAGGAGGGGGUCGAUUUGGACAAGGAUCUGGGCCAAUUUGGCUGGAUGAGGUUAACUGCACAGGGACCGAAGCUGCCCUCUCCGAAUGCAGGGCUCUGCCUUGGGGGAACCAUAACUGUCACCACAGAGAAGAUGCCGGUGUUGUGUGCUCAGACUCUGGCAUCUCAGAAGUAACUCAGCUCCGACUGGUGAACGGCCCAAGUCGCUGUGCUGGGAGGGUCGAGGUGCUUCACAACCAGCAGUGGGGAACCGUGUGUGAUGACAGCUGGGACAUAAUUGAUGCUGGAGUCGUGUGCAGGCAGCUGGGCUGCGGGACGGCGUUAUCAGCCCCAGGAGGGGGUCGAUUUGGGCGAGGAACUGACCGUAUCUGGCUGGACGAUGUUCAGUGCAAAGGGACAGAAACUGGCCUUUCCGAAUGCAGGGCUCGGCCUUGGGGAGACAAUAACUGUCACCAUGGAGAAGAUGCUGGUGUUAUUUGCGCAGACUCCGGCAUCUCCGAAGUGACUCAGCUGCGGCUGGUGAAUGGUUCGAGUCGCUGCGCUGGGAGAGUCGAGGUGUUUCAUAACAAGAAGUGGGGAACUGUGUGCAAUGACAGCUGGGACCUACAGGAUGCCACAGUCGUGUGCAGGCAGCUGGGCUGUGGGACGGCGUUAUCAGCCCCUGCCGGAGCUCACUUUGGGCCAGGAUCUGACCAUAUCUGGCUGGAUACUGUCAACUGCACAGGGACAGAAGCUGCCCUCUCCCAGUGCAGGGCUAAGCCUUGGGGAGACAGUAAUUGUACCCAUGAAGAAGAUGCCGGUGUUGUGUGCUCAGAGCAGACUUCGCUCCGACUGGUGAACGGCCCGAGUCGCUGCGCUGGGAGGGUCGAGGUGCUUCACAACCAGAAGUGGGGGACCGUGUGUGAUGAUGACUGGGACCUACAGGAUGCCGGAGUUGUGUGCAGGCAGCUGGGCUGUGGGACGGCGUUAUCAGCCCCAGGCGCGGCUCACUUUGGGCGAGGAUCUGACCCCAUCUGGCUGGAUGACGUUCACUGCACAGGGACAGAAGCUGCCCUCUCCCAAUGCAGGGCUCGGCCUUGGGGAGAGUAUAACUGUCACCACGGAGAAGAUGCCGGUGUUGUGUGCUCAGACUCAGGCAUUUCAGAGCAGCCUCAGCUUCGACUGGUGAACGGCCCAAGUCGCUGCGCUGGGAGAGUCGAGGUGCUUCACAACCAGCUGUGGGGAACCGUGUGUGAUGACAGCUGGGAUUUAACUGAGGCCAGAGUUGUGUGCAGGCAGCUGGGCUGUGGGACGGCGUUAUCAGCCCCAGGGGGGGCUCGAUUUGGAGGAGGCUCUGAUCCCAUCUGGCUGGAUAACGUUCACUGCACAGGGACAGAAGCUGCCCUCUCCAAUUGCAGGGCUCGGCCUUGGGGAAUCCAUAACUGUAACCACGGAGAAGAUGCCGGUGUUGUGUGCUCAGCCAUUCCAGAGCAGGCUCCAAUCCGACUGGCUAAUGGUUCUAGUCUCUGCGCUGGGAGAGUCGAGGUGUUUCACAACCAGCAGUGGGGAACCGUGUGUGAUGACAGCUGGGACAUAACUGAUGCUGGAGUCGUGUGCAGGCAGCUGGGCUGUGGGACGGUGUUAUCAGCCCCUGGGAGAGCUCAGUUUGGGCGAGGAUCUGACCAUAUCUGGCUGGAUGAUGUUCACUGCACAGGGACAGAAGCUGCCCUCUCCCAAUGCAGGGCUCGGCCUUGGGGAGACAAUAACUGUCACCAUGGAGAAGAUGCUGGUGUCGAGUGCUCAGGCUCAGGCAUCUCAGAAGUGGCUCCGCUCCGACUGGUGAACGGCCCAAGUCGUUGCUCUGGGAGAGUCGAGGUGCUUCACAACCAGCUGUGGGGAACCGUGUGUGAUGGCAGCUGGGACUUGUCCGAGGCUGAAGUCGUGUGCAGGCAGCUGGGCUGUGGGACGGCGUUAUCAGCGCCACGUGGGGCUCACUUUGGACAAGGAUCUGACCGUGUGUGGCUGGAUGAGGUUCAGUGCACAGGGGCAGAAGCUGCCCUCACCAAAUGCAAGUCUAAGCCUUGGGGAGAGCAUGGCUGUAACCCCGGAGAAGAUGCCAGUGUUGUGUGCUCAGACUCAGGCAUCCGAGAACUAACUCAGCUCCGACUGGUGAAUGGCCCAAGUCGCUGUGCUGGGAGAGUCGAGGUGAUUCACAAUCAGCAGUGGGGAACCGUGUGUGAUGACAACUGGGAUUUAAAUGAGGCCAGAGUUGUGUGCUGGCAGCUGGGCUGUGGGACGGCAUUAUCAGCCCCACGUGGGUCUCGGUUUGGACAGGGAACUGACCGUAUCUGGCUGGAUGAGGUUAACUGCACAGGGAUAGAAGCUGCCCUCUCCGAUUGCAGGGCUCGGCCUUGAGGAGAGCAUAACUGUAACCAUGUGGAAGAUGCCGGUGUUGAGUGCUUAGACUCAGGAAUUUCGGAAGUGGCUCAGCUCCAACUGGUGAACGGCCCAAGUCGCUGCGCUGGGAGAGUCGAGGUGCUUCACAACCAGCAGUGGGGAUCCGUGUGUCAUGACAGCUGGGACAUAACUGAUGCCAGAGUCGUGUGCAGGCAGCUGGGCUGUGGGAUGCCAUUAUCAGCCCCAGGAGGGACUCGAUUUGGGCGAGGAUCUGACCGUAUCUGGCUGGACAAGGUUCAGUGCAAAGGGACAGAAACUGCCCUUUCCGAAUGCAGGGCUCGGCCUUGGGGAGACAAUAGCUGUCACCAUGGAGAAGAUGCUGGUGUUGUUUGCGCAGACGCUGGCAUCUCAGAAGUGGCUCAGCUCCGACCGGUGAAUGGUCCGAGUCGUUGCGCUGGGAGGGUCGAGGUGCUUCGCAACCAGCAGUGAGGAACCGUGUGUGAUGACAGCUGGGACCUACAGGAUGCUGUAGUCGUGUGCAGGCAGCUGGGCUGUGGGACGGCGUUAUCAACCCCCGCCGAGGCUCACUUUGGGCCAGGAUCUGACCCUAUCUGGUUGCUUAAUGUCAACUGCACAGGGACAGAAGCUGCCCUCUCCAAUUGCAGGGCUCGGCCUUGGGGAGAUAGUAACUGUACCCACAAAGAUGCCGCUGUUGUGUGCUCAGACUCAGGAAUUUCGGAAGUGUCUCAGCUCCGUCUGGUGAACGGCCCGAGUCGCUGCGCUGGGAGAGUCGAGGUGCUUCACAACCAGCAGUGGGGAACCGUGUGCGAUGACAGCUGGGACUUACAGGAUGCUGGAGUCGUGUGCAGGCAACUGGGCUGUGGGACGGCGUUAUCAGCCCCAGCAGGGGCUCGAUUUGGGCGAGGAUCAGACCGUAUCUGGCUGGAUGACGUUCACUGCACAGGGACAGAAGCUGCCCUCACCGUAUGCAGGGCUCUGUCUUGGGGAGACAAUAACUGUAACCACGGAGAAGAUGCCGGUGUUGUGUGCUCAGACUCUGGCAUCUCAAAACUGGCUCGGCUCUGAUUGGUGAAUGGUUCGAGUCGCUGCACUGGGAGAGUCGAGGUGUUUCACAACCAGCAGUGGGGAACCGUGUGUGAUGACAACUGGGACUUACGGGAUGCCGGAGUCAUGUGCAGGCAGCUGGACUGUGGAAUGGCGUUAUCAGCCCCAGGAGGGGCUCAAUUUGGGCAAGGAUCAGACCAUAUUUGGCUGGAUGACGUCAACUGAACAGGGACAGAAGUUGCCCUCUCCGAUUGCAGGGCUCAGCCUUGGGGAGACAAAAACUGUAACCACGGCGAAGAAGCUGGUGUUGUGUGCUCAGACUCAGCCAUUCCAGAGCAGACUCCGCUCCGACUGGUGAACUGUCCAAGUCGCUGCGCUGGGAGGGUCGAGGUGCUUCACAUCCAGCUGUGAGGAACUGUGUGUGACGACAGCUGGGAUUUAACUGAUACUAGAAUGGUGUGCAGGCAGCUGGGCUGUGGGACUGCGUUAUCAGCCCCUGGAAGAGCUCAGUUUGGGCAAGGAUAUGGCCCUAUCUGGCUGGACAACGUUCACUGCACAGGGACAGAAGCUGCCCUCUCCGAAUGCAGGGCUCGGCCUUGUGGAGACAAUCACUGUCACCACGGAGAAGAUGCCGGUGCUGUGUGCUCAGGCUCAGGCAUCUCAGAAGUGGCUCCGCUCCAACUGGUGAACGGCCCAAGUCGCUGCGCUGGGAGAGUCGAGGUGCUUCAUAACCAGCAGUGGGGAACCGUGUGUGAUGGCAGCUGGGACUUGUCCGAGGCUGAAGUCGUGUGAAGGCAGCUGGGCUGUGGGACGGCGUUAUCAGCACCACGUGGGGCUCACUUUGGACAAGGAUCUGACCGUGUGUGGCUGGAUGAGGUUCAGUGCACAGGGGCAGAAGCUGCCCUCACCAAAUGCAAGGCUAAGCCUUGGGGAGAGCAUGGCUGUAACCCCGGAGAAGUUGCCAGUGUUGUGUGCUCAGAUCAGGGCCAGCUGAGGCUGCGGCUGACGAGUGGCCCAAGCCCCUGCUCCGGGCGAGUGGAGGUGCUGAUUAACGACACCUGGGGUGCCGUGUGUGACGCCGGCUGGGGCCUGCCGGAGGCGGGAGUGGUGUGCAAGCAGCUGGGCUGCAGCGCGGUGCUGUCAGCCCCGGGAGUUGCUCAGUUCGGCCACGGGGCCGGCGACGUCUGGCUGGAGGGUGUGAGCUGCUCGGGCCAGGAGUCUCUCAUCAGCGAGUGCCAGCUGAGGCGGCUGGGUCCCGGGCUGUGUGGCCGUGGCUCCGAGGCCAGCGUGGUGUGUGCUGGUUCCUCGGUGUCUGGAGUGACACUGAUCCGACAGGUGAACGGUUCGAGUCGCUGCACUGGGAGAGUCGAGGUGCUUCACAACCAGCAGUGGGGAACCACGUGUGAUGACAGCUGGGACUUACAGAAUGCCGGAGUCGUGGGCAGGCAGCUGGGCUGUAGGACAGCGUUAUCAGCCCUGGGUGAGGCUCACUUUGGGCAAGGAUCUGGCCCUAUCUGACUGGACAACGUUAACUGCACUGGGACAGAAAUUGUCCUCUCCAAUUGUAGGGCUUGGCCUUGGGGAGACCAUAAGUGUAGCCACAGAGAAGAUGCCGGUGUUGCGUGCUCAGACUCAGGCAUCCCAGAACUAACUCAGCUCCGACUGGUGAACGGCCCGAGUCGCUGCGCUGGGAGAGUCGAGGUGCUUCACAACCAGCAGUGGGGAACCGUGUGUGAUGACAACUGGGAUUUAACUGAGGCCAGAGUCGUGUGCAGGCAGCUGGGCUGUGGGACGGCAUUAUCAGCCCCACGUGGGUCUCGGUUUGGACAGGGAACUGACCGUAUCUGGCUGGAUGAGGUAAACUGCACAGGGACAGAAGCCGCCCUCUCCGAAUGCAGGGCUCGGCCUUGGGGAGUGCAUGACUGUAACCACGUAGAAGAUGCUGGUGUUAAGUGCUCAGACUCGAUUAUUCCAGACCCAGGUCCUCUCCAACUGGUGAACGGCCCCAAUCGCUGCGCUGGGAGAGUCGAGGUGCUUCAUAACCAUCAGUGGGGAACUGUGUGUGAUGAUGGCUGGGACUUAAAUGAUGCUGGAGUCGUGUGCAGGCAGCUAGGCUGUGGGACGGCGUUAUCAGCCCCAGGCGGGGCUCACUUUGGGAGAAGUUCUGACAUUAUCUGGCUGGAUGAGGUUAACUGCACAGGGACAGAAGCUGCCCUCACCGAAUGCAGGGCUCGGCCUUGGGGAGACAAUAACUGUCACCACAGAGAAGAUGCCGGUGUUGUGUGCUCAGACUCAGGCAUUUCAGAAGUGGCUCAACUCCGACUUGUGAAUGGCCCAAGUCGCUGCGCUGGGAGAGUCGAGGUGCUUCACAACCAGCAGUGGGGAACCGUGUGUGAUGACAGCUGGGAUUUAACUGAGGCCAGCGUCGUGUGCAGGCAGCUGGGCUGUGGGACGGCGUUAUCAGCCUCACACAGGUCUCGGUUUGGACAGGGAACUGACCGUAUCUGGCUGGAUGAGGUAAACUGCACAGGGACAGAAGCUGCCCUCUCCGAAUGCAGGGCUCAGCCUUGGGGAGACAAUAACUGUCACCACAUAGAAGAUGCUGGUGUUGUGUGCUCAGACCCAGGUCCUCUCCAGCUGGUGAACGGCCCCAAUCGCUGCGCUGGGAGAGUCGAGGUGCUUCACAACCAUCAGUGGGGAACCGUGUGUGAUGAUGGCUGGAACCUAACUGAUGCUGGAGUCGUGUGCAGGCAGCUGGGCUGUGGGACGGCGUUAUCAGCCCUAGGGGGGGCUCACUUUGGGAGAGGAUCUGACACCAUCUGGCUGGACGACAUUAACUGUACAGGGACAGAAGCUACCCUCACAGAAUGCAGGGCUCAGCCUUGGGGAAACAAUAACUGUCACCACGGAGAAGAUGCCGGUGUUGUUUGCUCAGACUCAGCCCUUCCACACCUGGCUGAGGUGCGACUGGUGAACAGCCCAAGUCGCUGCGCUGGGAGAGUCGAGGUGCUUCAUAACCAGCAGUGGGGAACCGUGUGUGAUGACAGCUGGGACAUAACCGAUGCCGGAGUCGUGUGCAGGCAGCUGGGCUGUGGCACAGCGUUAUCAGCCCCAGGAGGGGGUCGAUUUGGACAAGGAUCUGGGCCAAUUUGGCUGGAUGAGGUUAACUGCACAGGGACCGAAGCUGCCCUCUCCGAAUGCAGGGCUCCCCCUUGGGGGAACCAUAACUGUGACCACAGAGAAGAUGCCGGUGUUGUGUGCUCAGGCAUUUCAGAAGUAAAUCAGCUCCAACUGGUGAACGGCCCAAAUCGCUGCACUGGGAGGGUCGAGGUGCUUCACAACCAGCAGUGGGGAACCGUGUGUGAUGACAGCUGGGACAUAACUGAUGCUGGAGUCGUGUGCAGGCAGCUGGGCUGCGGGACGGCGUUAUCAGCCCCAGGAGGGGGUCGAUUUGGGCAAGGAACUGACCGUAUCUGGCUGGACGAUGUUCAGUGCAAAGGGACAGAAACUGGCCUUUCCGAAUGCAGGGCUCGGCCUUGGGGAGACAGUAACUGUCACCAUGGAGAAGAUGCUGGUGUUAUUUGCGCAGACUCCGGCAUCUCCGAAGUGACUCAGCUGCGGCUGGUGAAUGGUUCGAGUCGCUGCGCUGGGAGAGUCGAGGUGUUUCAUAACAAGAAGUGGGGAACUGUGUGCAAUGACAGCUGGGACCUACAGGAUGCCACAGUCGUGUGCAGGCAGCUGGGCUGUGGGACGGCGUUAUCAGCCCCUGCCGGAGCUCACUUUGGGCCAGGAUCUGACCAUAUCUGGCUGGAUACUGUCAACUGCACAGGGACAGAAGCUGCCCUCUCCCAGUGCAGGGCUAAGCCUUGGGGAGACAGUAAUUGUACCCAUGAAGAAGAUGCCGGUGUUGUGUGCUCAGACUCAGGCAUUUCAGAGCAGACUUCGCUCCGACUGGUGAACGGCCCGAGUCGCUGCGCUGGGAGGGUCGAGGUGCUUCACAACCAGAAGUGGGGAACCGUGUGUGAUGAUGACUGGGACCUACAGGAUGCCGGAGUUGUGUGCAGGCAGCUGGGCUGUGGGACGGCGUUAUCAGCCCCAGGCGCGGCUCACUUUGGGCGAGGAUCUGACCCCAUCUGGCUGGAUGACGUUCACUGCACAGGGACAGAAGCUGCCCUCUCCGAAUGCAGGGCUCGGCCUUGGGGAGAGUAUAACUGUCACCACGGAGAAGAUGCCGGUGUUGUGUGCUCAGACUCAGGCAUUUCAGAGCAGCCUCAGCUUCGACUGGUGAACGGCCCGAGUCGCUGCGCUGGGAGAGUCGAGGUGCUUCACAACCAGCUGUGGGGAACCGUGUGUGAUGACAACUGGGAUUUAACUGAGGCCAGAGUUGUGUGCAGGCAGCUGGGCUGUGGGACGGCGUUAUCAGCCCCUGGGGGGGCUCGAUUUGGACGAGGCUCUGAUCCCAUCUGGCUGGAUACCGUUCACUGCACAGGGACAGAAACUGCCCUCUCCAAUUGCAGGGCUCGGCCUUGGGGAAUCCAUAACUGUAACCACGGAGAAGAUGCCGGUGUUGUGUGCUCAGACUCAGCCAUUCCAGAGCAGGCUCCAAUCCGACUGGCUAAUGGUUCUAGUCUCUGCGCUGGGAGAGUCGAGGUGUUUCACAACCAGCAGUGGGGAACCGUGUGUGAUGACAGCUGGGACAUAACUGAUGCUGGAGUCGUGUGCAGGCAGCUGGGCUGUGGGACGGCGUUAUCAGCCCCUGGGAGAGCUCAGUUUGGGCGAGGAUCUGACCAUAUCUGGCUGGAUGAUGUUCACUGCACAGGGACAGAAGCUGCCCUCUCCCAAUGCAGGGCUAGGCCUUGGGGAGACAAUAACUGUCACCAUGGAGAAGAUGCUGGUGUCGAGUGCUCAGGCUCAGUCAGUCUGGGCUUUGCUCCACUCGGAUUGGUGAAUGGCCCAAAUCCCUGCGCUGGGAGAGUCGAGGUGCUUCACAAUCAGCCGUGGGGAACCGUGUGUGAUGGCAACUGGCAGUUACCUGAUGCUGCCGUCAUGUGGAGGCAGCUGAUCUGUGGGACGGCGUUAUCAGCCCUAGGCAGGGCUUGUUCUGGGCGAGGGUAUGAUCCCAUCUGGCGGGACGAUGUUCACUGCAGAGGAUCAGAAGUUUCCUGCAGUGAAUGCCUGGCUAAGCCUUGGGGAAACCAUAACUUUCACCACAGAAAAGAUGCCGGUGUUAUGUGCUCAGGCAUCUCAGAAGUGCCUUUGCUCCAGCUAGUGAAUGGCCACAAUCGCUGGGCUGGGAGAGUCGAGGUGUUUCAUAACCAGCAGUGGAGAACUGGGUGUGAUGGCAGCUGGGACUUACGUGAUGCUGGAGUUGUGUUGGGCAGUGGGACACCGUUAUCAGCGCCACAUGGGGCUCAGUUUGGACAUGGAUCUAACUGUCCCUGGGUGGAUGAUGUUAAUUGCACAGGGACAGAAGUUGCCGUCUCCGAAUGCAGGGCUAGGUCUUGGGGAGACCAUAACUUCAAUUAUGCAGAAGAUUCCAGUGUUGUGUGCUCAGGUAACUCUCGCUUUCCCUUGCACUGUUGA